AUGUCUUCAAAUUUUAUAUUAUCACGUUUACCAAGCUUCAGAGGUAUAUCAAAUGGACCUUCUCUAAUUUCAACAUCUAAUGGUAGAACUUGGAUUUCAACUCAAUAUUUCAAAUUCAAGUUAAUUACAGAUGAAAGUAUUGAUGUAAUUGCUAAUACGUUUUUACAAGAAAUGACGCCAAGCGAUCAACCAAGACUUAAAUACAAUUUUAUGUUAGCAGCAAUGCAUUGCUUACUAUAUGGACACGUAGGAGAUAGAGAGUUGACUAUGGUGAUGAAGGUCGAACGUGUAGUGAAUCUUUAUUAUGUAGACUUCUUUGAUUAUGCUAAUGGUUUUGAUAUUGUUCAUGUUAGUGUUCGUGAUCUAAUUGAUGAGAAUACAUGUGUAAGAGAGGCUAGAGCAUUACGCUAUAUUUAUACUAAUCGUUUUGACAUGUAUAUCAAAGACACUACGCAUUACAGACAUACACUUGACAAACUUGUUGAUCAUCUAAAAAUUCAAGUAACAAGGUCAUUAAGUGGUGAAAAGUGUAAAGUUUAUAGUAGUGUUAUUCCUAUUCCUUAUGAAUUAUGUGAAGAUAUUUUUUUAAAAUUUGCCAAAAACAUAGAUUUUAAAGGAAGAUAUAUUAAAAUGUUUAAAGAAGAUAGAGAAAGAAUGUUAGAUACGAUAAUGCAGUUUUACAAUGAAGAAAAGAAACAGCUAGAUGAAGAUGCAAAUGUAGUAGAAAGCCAAGUAAUUAAUGACAUCAAUAAAUUUUAA